AUGACCGCCGUGGGGAGGCGAUUCGUGCUCGUGCAGCUAGAAGGUGAUUCGUGCUCGCGCAGCUGGAGAGGAAGGUUGAGAGCCGCACCCUCGCGCGUAAAUACUGCGGCUGCUGGAUCUCGCACGCCCCUCGCACGCGGCCAAGGUGGCGGCGACUGGAUCUGCGGCUGCCGGGUCUUGGCAGCAGCGGGCCCACGCCUCUGGCGGCAACCGGGCACACGUCGCGCAUGCCCUUGCCUGCUCGCCGGUAGCCGGGGUCUUGCACCUGCGGCUGCAGAGGCAGUGGUCGGGGCGAUGAGCCGCUCCCGCGCCAACGGGAGCGCGGCCAGGGCUGCGGCGGCCGGAUCCCGCGCGUCCAUGAAGAGUUUGCUCAAGCUGGCAUCCGAAUGCGUGCAGGAGCACUGGAUGAACAUGCUAUCUGCGUUCUGUUAUAUUUCAUUGGACUCCCCCAAAAAAGAAGCUGCUCCACUCUGUGAUGCUAAUAAUUUUGACUACUGCUCAAGCUGA